AUUCGUGGCCUUCAAUUUUUCGUUAUUUAUGUCAGAAAAUGCCAUACUCCUAAUUCUUCAUCGCAACACCCAAAACGUCGUCGUUGGGCAGACGUUUAGUAAGCAAAUUUGCUACUUCCCGUGUGCUUUAGAUUUAAAGGACGAAACCAACCACUUGGCACCAAAAAGAACUUCUCUUUCUUCGCUCUUCAGUUGUGAUCAUCAUUCUCUGUAUCGCGUUGAGUUGGUGGUGAUUGAAGAAAGAGUAAUGGUUAUGAACUUCACCUAGAUACUCUUUAUCAUCUCGGCCGAGUAUUGGGUAAACGUCGUCGUCUCUGUUUCUGCGUGAGAAUGAUCAAAGACUCCUCCUUUCUUCUCCCUUCCUCUGUUCUUCGUUGGUUUGAUCACUUUUCGAUCGUUACAGUUUCUGCGUUUUGAUUACUUUAUCUUGCAAUGAUGAACUGAGAAUAUUCAAGAACUGUAACAGAAUCUAUUCUCAAGUCGCGGGAUUUGAUUCAAUGGCUUCUUCAGAAGUAUCUACUUGUGCCAAGAAUAUUCCAAAACCUCCUCCUCUUCCUCGUGCAACCUACCGUGGCCUCCAAGCUUCCAGAAGCAAACCCUCGAGCUCAUCAUCACGCCUUGUGCCCCAAGAAACAGUAGAGACCUGGGACAAGCUUUUCAAACAAGGAACUGGGGCAGAUACAUACGUUGAAGUUGACGACAAGUCUCAUUUUCUAGCCCAUUCAUACAUCCUGGCUGCAGCUUCACCUGUUAUGCCACAGCUUCUACACAAAUCGAGGGAUAAAAAAGGAAAUGCACACCUCAAGUUCCUUGGAGUGCCUCAAGAAGCUGUCUACAUGUUCAUUCGGUUUCUCUACUCUUGCAGCUACGAGGAGGAGGAGAUGAAGAAGUAUGUGCUCCCUUUGUUAGUUCUAUCACACUGCUACUCGGUCCCAUCUCUCAAAAGAGUCUGCAUAGAGGUUCUCGGUCAAGGAUGGAUCAACAAGGAGAAUGUCAUCGACGUGCUCCAGCUAGCUCGAACCUGCGACGCCGCGAGGAUCAGCUUUCUAUGUACUUCAAUGGUCAUCAAAGACUUUAAGUCUGUAUCUUCAACCGAAGGAUGGAAGGUGAUGACACGUGGCGAUCGUAAGCUAGAGCAAGAGCUUCUUGAGGCGGUGGUGGAGGCAGACGCUAGGAAGAAAGAGAGGAGGAAGAAAGUGGAGGAGAGGAGAAUGUACUUGGAGCUUUAUGAAGCUGUGGAGGCUCUUGUUCAUAUAUAUAGAGAAGGUUGUGGGACGAUAGGGCCUCGAGGUAAAGCUCUUAAAGGAAGCAAAGCUGUGUGUGAGUUCUCGGCUUGUAAAGGAGUUGAAAGUGCGCUUAGACAUUUCUUGGGAUGCAAGUCUUCUAGGGCUUCGUGUGGUCAUUGUAAGCGGAUGUGGCAGCUUAUUCAGCUUCACUCUUGUCUAUGUGGUAGUUCUGAUUCCUGCGAGGUCCCUCUCUGCCGGAACUUCAAGGAGCAAAUGAAAAAGAUUAGCAAGAGAGAAGAGUCUAAAUGGAGAUUGCUUGCGGAGCACGUUACUACAGCUAAAAGAAGUCUUGGUCCAUUCUCUCCUUCACGCCGUUCUGCUUUGAUAUAAUAUAGGUUUUAGAGUCAUUGAAGUGUAAAUAUAUACAAGGGAUAGGGAUAAAGACUGUGUGUCAAGAACAUGGCCCAUCAUAGUGGUUUUGGAACAAAUGUUGUCUUCGCCAUGUUGUUGGUUACUUUUCUAUAUACAUGAUGAGUCUUGAUCUUUGACAGUGUUGUAAAGAAGUUUUCGCAUCAUCAUACAAUUCUUUUUUUUUU